AUGGCCAAUCAAACAGCAACCAGAGAAUUUGUCUUCCUGGGCUUCUCCCAUUUCCCCAAGCCCCAUUCUCUGUUCUUCAUCUUGUUCCUGACCAUGUACAUCACCACCUUGUUGGGAAACGGCCUCAUCCUGGGCACAGCUUUUCUGGAUUCCAGCCUCCACACGCCCAUGUACUACUUCAUUCGGCAUCUCUCCUUCCUGGACAUGUGCUACACCUCAGUCACUCUGCCCCACGUGCUGAAAAACCUGUUGGCCGAGUCGAAGGCCAUCUCCUUCCCGGCCUGCCUGGUCCAGCUUUACUUCCUGGUGGCCUUCGUGGGAGUCGAGUGCCUCUUGCUGGCCGUGAUGGCCUACGACCGAUACGUCGCCAUCUGCCGCCCCCUCACGUACGCCCUCCUCAUGAACCGGACAUUAUGCGCCCAGAUGGUGGCGGCCUCGUGGGCUGGCGGCCUCCUCAACUCGGUCCUCCACACAGCCAUGACCUCUCUCGUGCCUUUCUGUGCCUCUCACAAGCUGGACCACUUGUUCUGCGACGUCCCCCAGUUGCUCAAGCUCUCUUGCGCGGACACUUUCCCCAACCAAGUCACAUUGCUGGCGGUAACGAUGCUGCUUGGCGUUAGCCCUUUUCUCUGCAUCGUGGUUUCCUACGUCCAUAUUGUCUCGGCGGUCUUGAGGAUCCGCACCUCCCAGGGCCGCCGCAAAGCCUUCUCCACCUGUGCUUCUCACCUCACGGUGGUCACCUUGUUCUUCACUAGCAGCAUGUUUAAUUAUAACCGGCCUGGCUCCAGUUACCCUGCAUAUGUAGAUACUUUAGCCUCCGUGAUUUACAAUGUGGUGACCCCGAUGCUGAACCCCAUCAUCUAUUGCCUGAGGAACAAAGAGAUGAAGGAGGCUCUCAAACGCGUCUUUGUGUUCAGAUUGUAUUCGCUCUGUCUCCGUUUGUCUUGUUUUAAGUUUCUUAAUAUCUUCUCUAUUAUCCAAUACCGGGGCCCUUGUCUUCUCCUCGCGGUUCUGUGCCGGCCCGCCCGCCUUUCGCAGCCUGUCUUCCCUUAUCGGUCAGCGUCGCCGCCGCCUCCACCGGUCUCGCCGCCGCUGCAGCUGGUCUCGCCGCCCAAUUCUUGCGCCUCGCCCUCCCCGGGGGCCCACGCCACCGCUCUUACUCGCGCCGUCAGGGGGUAA